AUGUACAAUUUUGAAACAAUUUGUAGAACGUGUUCAUCUGAGGGAGAAUUACAAUCUUUAUUUAGCGAAGAUCCUUUCAAAAUAGCGGAUAUGUUAACUGAAAUCGUUGAUAUUAAGAUAAUCGAAAAUGAUAAUUAUCCACAGAAAAUAUGUACAAACUGUUUGGAUAAAUUAAAUUCUGCCUAUAAUUUUAAAAAACAAUGUCAAGAUGUCCAUCAAAAAUUUAUCGAAUAUUUAGAACAAUUAAAUAUUAAAAAGGAAAUAAUUAUUGAUACGAUUAAAGAAGAAAAUUACUAUAUCGCUGAAGAUGAUGACAAUUAUCAAUCAUCGAACGAUUACGAUGAGGAAAAUAUACCAAAAGAAAAUUAUGCAAAGCCAAAGAAGAAACGUGAAAAACGUAAAUAUACGUGCAAUAUAUGUAAUAAAAGUAUAUUAAAUUUACGUGAUCAUAUGCGGUCACAUACUAAAGAAAAACCAUACAAAUGUGAAACAUGUAAACAAGAAUUUUCACUUAGUGGAAAUUAUCAACGACAUUUAAAAAUCCAUACCGGUGAAAAACCUCAUGUUUGUACAUUUUGUGAUCGUAGUUUUAUACAAAAAACUGCGUUAAUGGAUCAUAUACGUGUUCAUACGAACGAAACACCAUUUAAAUGCUCCCAAUGUGAGAAAUCGUAUAAGCAACAAUCUCAGUUACGUCAUCAUAUUAAAUUAAAACAUACGCUAGGUGGAAAUGUGACGUCAGGCGGAGGAAAAAAUGUUAUUCGUAGUAUUAAGGAUGAUAUUGGGGGGCCGUAUGAAUGUAAAGUAUGCAAUAAAACAUUUGCUAGUAAAGGAAUUUUAUCCACACAUAAAUUAUUUCACGGAGAAAAAUCAUAUUUAUGUAAUCAUUGUGGAAAAGGAUUUGUACGUCGAUCAGGGUUGCAAUCACACAUAAAAGUUCACACUGGGGAAAAACCGUAUAAAUGUCAACUUUGUGAAAAAUCAUUUUCACAAAUGGCUUCAUUAAAUACCCAUCAACUAACUCAUACCGGAGAAAAACCUUAUAAAUGUUCAUUUUGUGAGAAACAAUUCGCGCAUCGUUUAAGUUACAACAGUCAUCAAUUAAUCCACACGGGGGAUAAACCGUAUAAAUGUGAUAUUUGCAAUCAGAGUUUUCGACAAAAGCCUCAUUUAAAAAUUCAUAGUCGUACACAUAGUGGAGAAAAACCACACAAGUGUAGUAUUUGUGAUAAACAAUUUUCAUUAAAUGGAAAUUUGACAGUACAUAUGCGAACACAUACGGGGGAAACCCCUUAUGUGUGUUCGUUUUGUAAUAAAGGAUUUUAUGAUUCGAGUAGCAUGAAAAAACAUAGGAAAAAACAUUUUACAGAGAAUGAAAUGAUCGAAGAAAAAUCAUUUGAUUUGUCGUUAACGAAAACGAAAAAUGAAAAUUGUAAUUUUGAUAUUCACUAAUAUCAGUCAGUCAGCGAACUUCAAGUUACUCCUGAAACAAGAUAUCCUGAAAAAGGCCAAUCUUAGAUGGA